AUGAUAAAUGAACUUUUUAAAGCUGUAAGAGAAGGUAAUCUAGAACGAGUCGUUGAGUACAUUUCCAAGGAAGAAUCGAUCAUGAAUGCUGUGGAAAGUGAUGGUAGAAAUCUAUUACAUUAUUCCAUCGCGAAUGACCGCAGAGAUGUAGCAACAUUUCUCUUGGAAAGUGGUAUUGAUGUGACACGAAGUGCCAGUGACGGAAGCACAGUACUUCGUCUUGCCGUCUCUAAAAGUGACGAGGAAUAGGUGAAUGCUAUUUUGAACCAUGCUAAUAACACAAGUGGACUGAUCUCUCUCAUAAAAGCUAAAAAACCUAACGGAAUCACAGCUCUUUAUAUUGCUGCCAAAAGUUGUUCGUCAGUUAUCACAAAAACUUUGCUUAAAAAUGGUGCGGCUUUUCAUGUUCAAAAUAAAAACAACUUGAAACCUGUAGAUUUUUCUGCAAAUGAGGCAGUCACCUGUUUCCUCAUGCUUGUUGAAGAAGUGUUUAAGUUUGCCGAGAAGAAAGGUGAAGAAAUCCCUGAAAGAUGGGAAACAAUGAAUGCUGGUGAUUUCUAUAUUUUGUCAAAAGUUCGUAAUAGUUAUGGGCACACAUUAGCAGAUAUUAUAAACCUUAUCGAGAGUGGCAGUGCUGUUAAAAAAUUAUUUGAUCUACGGGCCUCUAAAGAAAAACAACUUGUUUUGCAGAAUCGAUGCCUAAAUUCUCGGAACAUGAACUGCGUUGAAGAGAGCUUUGAAGAUAUCGACAUUGGAUGUGGAUUAUUAUUUGACUGAAAAAAAAAAAAAAAUUGUAUCACUUUGGUACUUUGCAACUUCGUUUCUAUCAGUAGGGUUCUUGCCAUUGUCAUGCAGAUGUAUGAUUAGUUUAAAGCUCUAUUCAAUAUAUCUUGAGCGAAUCUCAGAGCUUUGAAAUGCCUGUAAAAGAACAGAAUUUUGAUUUGUUUAAAUUUCAGAGAUUUUAAUUUUUGGGAAGUGGGACAUUCGGUCCACUUGUGAGACGUUAUUUUCACCGAAUCUAUUAAAACAGGGUUGCCAUAGUUAGGGAAAAGAGGGAAUUCAAGAAAUGUCUUGAAAUUAUAAAAAUUCAAAGAAAACCGAGAAAUGUUAGGAAAAAGUGUUAAAGCACCCUCAUUUGCAAUUUAGAGUGUGCAUGAACAACAAAUGCGAAAUCAUUCGAAACUAUCUGAAAACUACUUCUAAUCAUGAAUUUUUAACUAUCCUUCAAACGUCAGGGAAUUUCAUUUUCUAUAUUCUGUGGCAGCCCUUAUUAAAACAAGAGGGUUGUUCAUGAGCCUACUUUGAUUCUCCCCUGAAACCGACAUGAUAGUGCAUGAAGAAGACGAGUCUUAAUUGAGAAAAAUCGUGUUUCUUCUGUGUUCCUUUCUUUAAUUGACUCAAUAUGCGGAAUUAUAAUUUCAUGUGAAAUUUUUUUUCUUAAUUUGAGUCACUAAGU